GAAAUUGUUCAAAUUAACUCGGAACCUCUCCUUAAAAUAUGACAAUAUCUUAAAAAUUUAAGAAAAUUCAAUCCUUCUGUUUUAUUUACCGGAAGGCCAUGGAAGUUCUGCACCUGUUCGCUCCUCGUUUGUCCACUCAUGACACUAAUUCACUAAUCGAGUCAUAUCCUGAAUCUAAGUGUGACGAAAACUCAACCAGGAAAAGCUCAAGCGAGAAACUGAUAGAUUUUGGCAAUACCAAAAAAUAACAGAUGUAAUAUUCUGCCUUUUUUUGGACCUUCUUUGUGCACAUGGAGGGCACCACUUAAGCUAGGGUUCUUCAUUGGCCAUGCAAGGCAUUCAUAUCUAAGUAACCUGAUACCAAGGAGGAAAAGUUCCGUUUUUUGCUCAACUAAUGUGGAGAAGGAACCUUCUAUGGAUUCAGAUAUUCAACUAGCUAAUGCCAAAGUGAUCUACAGUGUUGCUCCUGCCGCAGGGCAUAAUCAGGAGUCACAUCCGGAGUCUAACCUCAGAGUUCCUGCAAUUGUUGAUACCCUUGAAAAGUUGGAGCUUACUCCAAAGCAUCGAAGGUCAGAGAUUAUUGAACUCAAGCAUUUUAAUCCAGCAUCAGUGGAAGAUAUAAGUAGUGUCCAUGAAAGAGCCUAUGUAUUAGGCCUUGAGAAGGCGAUGGAUAAGGCUUCAGAACAAGGCAUACUUUUCAUUGAGGGGUCUGGACCAACAUAUGCCACUGCCUCCACAUUUCGAGACUCAUUGCUUGCGGCUGGAGCAGGACUAGCUGUUGUUGAUGCUGUGGUUGCUGCGUCCAAAAAGUCUCCAGAGCCUCCGUCUGGAUUUGCUUUGAUAAGGCCUCCUGGUCACCAUGCUGUUCCAACGGGGCCUAUGGGCUUUUGUGUUUUCGGAAACAUUGCUGUUGCUGCUCGUUAUGCUCAGCGAGUGCAUGGAUUAAACCGUGUUUUCAUCAUUGAUUUUGAUGUUCAUCAUGGAAAUGGCACACAUGAUGCGUUUUAUGAGGACCCAGAUAUAUACUUCCUAUCAACCCAUCAGGAAGGGAGCUACCCAGGCACAGGCAAGAUUCAUGAGGUAGGCAGUGGCCAAGGAGAAGGAACUUCCUUAAAUUUGCCAUUGCCCGGAGGAUCUGGAGAUGUUGCUAUGAGAACUGUGUUCGAUGAAGUUAUUGUUCCAUCUGCUCAAAGAUUCAAGCCAGAUAUAAUCCUUGUAUCUGCUGGGUAUGACGGACAUGUGUUGGAUCAUUUAGCAAGUCUUCAACUCACAACAGGAACAUACUACAUGCUUUCUGCUGGUAUAAAACAGCUAGCAAAAGAAUUGUGUGGAGGGCGUUGUGUGUUCUUCUUGGAAGGGGGAUACAAUCUCAAAUCACUCUCCUAUUCAGUAGCCGAUACAUUCCGCGCUCUCCUUGGGGAUCCUAGCCGUGCUUCUGAAUUUGAUAAUCCGGCUUUUUUGUAUGAAGAACCUUCAAACAGAAUCAAACAAGCAAUUCAAAAACUCAAGGCUAUACAUUCCUUGUAGACUUGGAAGUCAUAAAGUUUAAUACUCUUACAUAGCAAAUACUCAAUACUUAUGGGAACUAAAUUGUUUGUAUAUUUGUACUUUUACUUUGUUGUAUUUUACCAAUGAUGUUUUAGUUAGUGCUUAAGACUGAGGGCUUACUCUUGUUGUUGUCACCUUAAAUCGACAUUUGUAUAACUCAUCUUGAUGCAUUUUGGACAUGUUUGAUGAUGUAUCAUUGUAUCUUCCUUGAUAA